GUCCGUCUGAGUCCCUCUGCGAUGUCCGCGAUUAAUGGUCCCAGGACCUUUAUUGCCUACCUUAUUGGAGAUCUGGGAUCUUACACACAAAUCCCGGUUUUGGAUGGAAGGUAUCUCUUCGUACCAAGGGCUGAGAAACCAGACGGUAACUGGCAACAGUUUACAAGGGGCAGUCCAAGGGCGGAUGGCAGAUUGUGGAUGCUCGUAGAUGAGGCUAGAGUCACGUUAACUGGAUCAGCAUGCGACAAGAUUGGACUCUCUUGCCUGGGUUAUGCUCAGCAGCCGAGAACUUGCGACGGGGCUUUGGGGAUGUGCAUCGGUGAACAGCUUAUCGAUUUCAUCAAAGAAGACUUGGCAGCUUUAGGCAAGGGUCGGCUUGCCAUCCAUGGUCUGUUUCGAUAUGGAUCAUACAGGAGCUUGGUACCAGAUGCGCUCCAAAUUGCUGUCAGCCCAACAAAUUCGCUGAUAACCAUCGAGAUUGCUGCUGAUAACGUGUCAUUCCGGAGAAACAAGAGUACUGGAAAAAUUGUCAAGGUUGAGGUGCCGCCUUUUGAGGCAAUGUCCACCGGCGGGACUCUGACGCUUACAGUGGUGAAUGACGGAUCACUGGAGGCGUCCUAUGGCGUGUAUGUGGAAUGUUCGGCAAACAUCAAUCCUUUGGAGGGAAAAAGGGUUUCCAUGAUACCCAAUGUUCCUCAAACUUUUUUAUAUACAUUGAUAACGAGGAGCACAGAUGCAACGAAAAACUCCUGCAUCGUGACACUCCGUGAUUCCGAAGGAGAAAACUGCGAUGUCAAGGAGGCCAAGUUCUCCACCACCGCUACCGUUUUCAAUAACGGCUCGCAAGUGGGUGGAGUUCAAAUAGCAGGGUCAAAAAACGAUACAUUCGCGAAAGGACUAGGUGGUUUGGGUUUCUUUGGAAAGAUUGGAGCGGGAAUCAAAGGAAUUGCCAAGGGCGCGUUCAAUGUCGUGACAUCUCCCUUCAGGAAAAUGUUUGGUCUCUUCAACAAUCUGCUCGGCAAAUGCGACAACUGCCCUGGAGCGUUCGACAUUGGAUGCUUCAUUGCUCACUUUUGUGUCAAGAAGAUCCUCUUCUUUGUAGGAGGCAUUGUGGCUGCAGCACUGGCUUUCUAUGUUCUACUUUUGCUUCAGGGCAUGGGGAUCUUGACACCACUCUGUGGCUGCUGCUGCUUGCCUCUAAAGAUCAUGCUCUCAGUGCGUCCAUCGCUCGGCGGCGGCGGCGAUGGAGGCGAAGAACCGGCGACGCCAAAGGCAGCGAAGGCGGUGCAGCCCGAAGAGAUCGACUACGAAGGCAUUUCAUCGCUCUUUGACGAGGAAGAAGGCCAUGAAGAACAGGAAGAAUACGAGGAAGAAGAGGGAGAUUUCCAGGAGGAAGAAGGAGACGAAGACGAGGAGGACGAGGAGGAAGAAGACUAGCAAAAGUUUCAAAUUUCAAAAUGAUUCUUAGAAUAUUCUUAUAUAAUCCUAGCCAUUGGUUUUUAA